AUGGCGUCUCUGAUGAUAUUGAUCUCCUUCUUCCUUCUGCUGUUCUCAUCGUCGUCUCACACUACUCAAGCCCAGCUGUCGACCAACUUCUACGACUCCACCUGCCCAACCGCCCUCUCCACCAUCCGCUCCGGCAUCCGCACCGCCGUCCAGCGCGAGCGCCGGAUGGCCGCCUCCUUGAUCCGGCUCCAUUUCCACGACUGCUUCGUCCAGGGCUGCGACGCCUCCAUCCUCCUCGACGACACCUCCUCCCUCACCGGCGAAAAAACCGCCCGCCCCAACGCCAACUCCGUCCGCGGCUACAACGUCAUCGACGACGUCAAGUCCCGGGUCGAAUCCCAGUGCCCCGGCGUCGUCUCCUGCGCCGACAUAGUCGCCGUGGCGGCCCGCGACGCGUCCGAGGCGCUGGGUGGGCCCACGUGGACGGUCAACCUCGGGAGGAGGGAUUCCACGUCAGCCAGCCGGGCCACAGCAGAGGCCGGCAACCUCCCCGGGUUCAACGACCCGCUGGACAGGCUCGUUGACUUGUUCGGCACGAAAGGGCUGAGCCCGCGAGACAUGGUGGCGCUCUCUGGGGCCCACACCAUUGGCCAGGCCAGGUGCGCCACGUUUCGUGGCAGGAUUUAUAAUAACGGUUCCGAUAUUGAUGCCAACUUUGCUAGUACGAGGAGAAGGCAGUGUCCCUCGGCGGCAGGGGACGGCAACGGUAAUCUGGCGCCGUUGGAUUUGGUGACGCCCAACUCGUUUGAUAAUAAUUAUUUUAGGAAUCUGGUGCAGAGGAGGGGGCUGCUGCAGUCCGACCAGGUGCUUUUCAGCGGUGGGUCGACGGACGGGAUAGUGGAUGAGUACAGUAGGAACCCCAGGGUUUUCAACUCUGAUUUUGCGGCAGCCAUGGUUAGGAUGGGGAAUAUUGAGCCUUUGACGGGAUCUCAGGGACAAGUUCGUCGGGUUUGCACUGCCGUUAAUGCCGCUGCCUGA